AUGGCACAUGGAUUUUACACCUCUGGUGUGUUUGGUGAUGAAGUGAAGUCAGUGCCAGUGAUUGAUGGAGACUCUGUUACUCUACACACUGAUACUAUGAAGCAGAGAGAUGAUCUGAUGGUGUGGUAUUAUGGACCUGAAAACACUUUCAUUGCAAGAAUCAAUGGAAAGGCCAAUAGCAACAAGUUAUCUGUUGAUGAGAGAUUCAGAGACAGAGUUCAGGUGAAUAAUCAGACUGGAGAUCUCACCAUCACAAACAUCACAACUCAACACACUGGACUUUAUACACUAGACAUCAGCAGAAACAAUAAACACACAGAUAAGAAAUUCAAUGUUAUUGUCUAUGCUCAUUUGCCGGUUCCUAUCAUCAGCCAUAAAUUUUCACAAUGUUCUUCAUCAUCAUCAUCAUCAUCAAGAUGUGUGUUAUUGUGUUCAGUGUUGAAUGUGAGAGAUGUGAGUCUGUCCUGGUAUAAAGGAAACAGUUUAUUGUCCAUCAUCAGUGUGUCAGAUCUCAACAUCAGACUCUCUCUACCUCUGGAGGUUGAAUAUCAGGAUACAAACACAUACAGCUGUGUACUCAACAAUACCAUCACAAACCAAACUCAACAUCUCAACAUCAAGAAUCUCUGUCAGUGUUCAUACAGGCCUACAACAGGUGUGAUAAUUGGUGUUUAUUAA